UUGUCACCAAUUUCCUCUUUGUCCCGCCUGCAGCUGUAUCUGUCUGCUCGACCGCUUCUCAAGUCCACGUGCCACAUCACGCCAUACAUGGUCACUUCCCGUGCACCUGCCUUCUCACCCCUACUCUGCCCCUCGCUGCCCGCACAUCCCGCCUCUCGCCCCCUCGCUGCCCGCACAUCCCGCCUCUCGCCCCCUCGCUGCCCGCACAUCCCGCCUCUCGCCCCCUCGCUGCCCGCACAUCCCGCCUCUCGCCCCCUCGCUGAACGCACAUCCCGCCUCUCGCCCCCUCGCUGAACGCACAUCCCGCCUCUCGCCCCCUCGCUGAACGCACAUCCCGCCUCUCGCCCCCUCGCUGAACGCACAUCCCGCCUCUCGCCCCCUCGCUGAACGCACAUCCCGCCUCUCGCCCCCUCGCUGAACGCACAUCCCGCCUCUCGCCCCCUCGCGCCAUGCGAUGGUCGGCUCUCGUGCCGCGGGCGCGCGGGAGCCGCCGCCUGGGGAUCGCCGGUGCAGCGAGCAAGCAUUCAGCCACUCAGGCGCUGCCACGUGGGGGCAGCAGCUGCGCAGAUGGCUCGCUGACGUCAUAGUCACUCUGGCCUAUGAGCCGCCAAAGCCGUCGUUGCUCGCCCGUAAUUCCCGGCGCGUUUCCCCCAUCUCCCCCGAACAUCCCGCACCCACGUCCUCCGCCUAUUCUCAUUCUCCCCCUUCAGCUUCCCCCAGCGCUUCCGGCGCCCGUGCGGGGGAGCGGUUGGAGCCACAAUCCGCCGUAGGGGGACUUCCGCGUCCGCGCGUGUGGCUUCCGCCUCCUCUGCGAACGUUGGCGGUGGCGGUGCUGGCGGCGGGAGCGGCGGGGUAUGGCGCAGUGAUGCGCGCACGGUGGGAGUUGUACCAACGGGGGUGGCUGACACGCACCAGGUUGCAGGUGCCCGUGGUGAGUGUGGGCAACGUCACUUGGGGCGGCACUGGCAAGACGCCCAUGGUUGCCUUCACCGCUCUGCACCUCCUCUCACUCCUCAACACCGCUUCACACUCACCCUCACAACCAGCCGCCGCCUCAACCACCAGCACCACCCCUGCAUCCUCGUCUCCCCCCUCCACCUCUCCCCCUCGCAGCGCUUCGCUCCUCCUCCUCUCCCGGGGCUAUGCAGGAGGCGAUGAGUCACGCAUGCUGCAGCGCCAGCUCAGCGGCCGCCCAGUAAUCAUUGCCGUGGGGCGGAAACGUGCUGACGUGGCACGACAAGUGAUUGCCCAGUUUGGGAUGUGGCGGGGACGUGGAGAGGGAGCAGCGGGGGGGAGAGGAGAGGAGGAGAGGAGGGAUGAGGAGAGGAGGGGUGAGGAGGGGAGGGGUGAGGAGGGGAGGCAUGAGGGCCAUGAUAUGGGUGCUGGCGUUGGCCCUGUUGGAGCGGUGGUGAUGGAUGAUGGCAUGCAGCACUGGGCGCUGCAUCGCGAUCUCGACAUCGUCAUGGUCAAUGCCGUCCCGCCGCAUCCACACCCACUUACAAGCUCUUGUGCGCACGUGGAUUCACAACCGCAUUCACAUGCCUGCUCGAAUUGCCACGCAUCUCCACAUGCUGACUUGGCAGAAAAUGCCAGCCACGGGAAGUUAGGCGAUUCCAGCAGCCAAUUAUGUUGCAGCAGUCCAUGGGGCAAUGGCCGGCUGGUUCCAUGGGGACCAAUGAGAGAGCAGCUUGAGUCGCUGAGGCGGGCAGAUGUGGUGGUGAUUCACAAUGCUGACAUGGCCCCUCCAGAGUGUGUGUCAGCGCUGGCAGCGCAGCUGCAGGGCCACAUGGCUCCCCGCGCCCUGCUCCUCCACUCCACCCUCCGCCCUCUCCACCUACUCUCCCCAUCUCCCUGCCCCGCCGCCCCUGCCCCUCCCGCUCCCCCUCCUCUUCUCCCCACUCCUCCCGAACCCCACUUCUCCACGCCUCCUUCCCGCCCCUCGCCUUCCCCUCCUGCUCCCUCUCCCGCCUCUCCUGCCUCUCUUUGGCCGCGUGGCCCCACAGCCCUGGGAAGUGGUCAGGGCGGAGGCCAGGCGCACGUGCUGCUGUGCCAUGGGGAAGAGCGGGGUGGGGGAGAAGGGGAGGCAGGGGGCAGGGACAGGAUAGUGGCGUGUGGCAGUGUGGCGGGGCGCGAUGCCGUGUGUCUGUCUGCCAUUGGCUCGCCUGCGGCGCUUGAAGCCACCCUGAGGACGCAGCUGCACGUGCGGCGCGUGGUGAGCAUCGCCCUGCCCGACCACUCACCCUUCUCCCUCACGGAGGUGCACGCAGUGCAGCACGCCCUCUCCUCCCUCUCACACUCCGCUGCGCAAGACAUCAGGGGAGAGAGUGGAGGCGGCAAGGUAGGGGCUGCGCAUGGGCGUGGGCCCUUGCUGAUACUGACAGAGAAGGACUUCGAUCGAGAUCCACAUUUUGUCCAGCACCACCUAGCCCCCUUCUCCCCUCUCAUCCUUUGCUGCUCUCUUGAGCUUCUAGAUCAACCUUCCCACAUUGCAAGAUUCCACAAGCUAAUAGAGCGAACUUUAGGGGUGUCGUGACAUGCCCACUGUAAUCCAAGCUACCCGUAUCCACCCCCAAACAUUGCGGAACGAGCCUGCUCUUGGUGAGGUGUGAUGUGGCGCCGCGUACGUAUCAGCGGAAGACACGAUCCGCGCGUCACUUUCGGUGAUGUUGACCACGUCAACCAGCCAGAGAGCCGAACGCGUUACAGUACAAGUGACUUGAACGAGCCCCUGCCAGACGAAACGCAAUUCCGGCAUUUUGUCGUUUAGCGCUACAUGGAAACAAACGAGAUG